UAAAACCUUGGUAUGCACUCAAAGAACAAAGAGCUUCAAACUCCUAAUACCAAACCCCUUUACACCCAAAUUACCAAACACUUCUCAACUCAAUUUUUCAUUUCUUCCAAUCCAAUAUGUCUUUUCAAGUUCAACAACAGCAACAGCCACAGGCACAGCCACAACAACCUGUUCAAGUUUACCCAAAAACAGUCACAAAUCAACCAUCUCCCCAUCAUUCAAAUGGGUCUUUUGGGACAGUUUUCAUUGUCCUUGCAAUAAUACUAGUCAUUUCAGUAGUUGCUUGUUUUCUCGGACGCCUCUGCAAUCGACGCUACAAUAAAACCAAUGACAAUAACCAAAGUCGUCAACACAACAGCCUGCAGAGACGGCCCGCUAAUCCGAAUCGGCAACAACAAAUUCAUGAUUUUGAAACAAGAGAAGAGGACAUUGAAUUUGGGGUUGAUAAAAGAAUGCCUCCACCAAUAAUUACAAGGCCUAGAGGACUUGCUUUUGAACCACCAGCAGGCACAAGAAGAUCUCAGCCACAUGGUAAUAUUAAUAAUGGUCACAAUCAAAUGAAAGAUUUUGAAAUGAAAUCUGAUCAUGAAAGUGAUCAUCAUAGAGCUGGUUUAUGACCAUGACAUAUGGAACUAUAUAUAUAUAUGCAAUAGGACGUUAUGUAAGAUUAGUCAUCUUAUCUUAUGCUAUGCUAAUAAUCAUUCCCACUUUGUUUAGAUUACCCUCUCGUCCUAAAUAUAAAAAAUAAAUUAUUUUUUAGAUUUAUUGGCCA